CCUGCGGAGUGCGGAAGAAGUCGGUGGGGAUGGAUGAUCCAGAAUAAUGUUAAACUCAUUGGGUUGCCUGCCUGCCUGGUCUGGUGCUGUACAACUCACUUCGCACUGUUCGGAAUCCCAACAUUCCCGGCAGCAGCAGUAGUAGUAAAUGGGAAAGAAACAAGCCGCGCCCCCCUCGGCCACUCUGUCCCCCAUCCACCGUCACAUCCACUUCCAGACUCACUCGCCUCCUCAUCCCUCAUCCGCACCACCAAUUCCACCGAGUCCACCUCAAGAUCAGUUAGAAAUCGGCGGCAGGCAAGCGGCCAAAGAAUGGAUCCGAUAAGAAGGCGCCGCUGAAGGUUUGAGAUCUGUCGGCCGAGGCGAGGCGAGGCGAUUCGAUUCGACUCCCUUCCACACGAGAGCCUGGGAGUGGUUUGUGCUCGAAGCGCCUCACCCUCCUAUGCAGUCGACAUGGGCAUGAUGGUGCUCGCCUCCGCUGCCUCGCUCCGACGCGAUUCCUCCCUCUCGCCCUCCCUCGCGGAGCAGCAGCACGGCGUCGUCCCGCUCCUCGCUGCUGCUCCUCCUCCUGCCUGCCUCGUCGCCGACAGCGGCGAUGGAGUCCGUGGCAAGACCUUCGGCGGCGGGCACCUCUGGCACCCGCCCCGACCAUCGCCCGACCGCAACCCUAAUCUCCUUUUCCCCGACCCUAAUCCUAACCCUAGCCCUAAUUUCACCCAUGCGGCCUAUCUCGCCAAGCCCGUGCCGACCGGAGUCAACGCGUGCGGGAUCCUUGCCAACUACGGGACCGAGGCCUCGGCGGAAGAAGGCGGAGGGCCGUCUUGCCGUCACUGCGGCAACGGCCGCGGUUACGAAUGCUCGACCCACGUGAAGAACACGUGGGUCCCGGCGGCUGCCCGCCGGGAACCCCUCUUUGCAGCAUCCUCCCAGAAGAAGCCCCGCCUCGCGGCAUCCUUGCCGGAGAACGCCGCUCCGUCCUGGAGCUCCGACACUACCGCCUCCGUCACCCACAAAGAUGCGGUCGUCAGAAGCGGGCUGCCGCGGCAGGUGCGAGCGCCGGCCAUGUUCCGGUGCGUGCGCGUGACGCCGGUCGACAGCGGCGAGAUGGAGUACGCUUACCAUGCGACGGUCAAGAUCGGCGGGCGGGUCUUCAAGGGCAUUCUCUACAGCAAUGGGGUCGACGGCGGUAAGGCUGCGGUACGAGACAUGCCCGACCUCCACCUCGGGAACCAAAACGGUGGUGGCGCCUCGUCGUCCGGCCUCUUCGGCGGCACCAAUUGCGGUAACUAAAUCAGUUGAAAUCUUCAUCAUGUACUAUCCAUAUGUGAGUAGAGCAUCUGAUGUUUCAUGUUUGUAAAAGUCUGCUCCUUUCUUCGUUCUGCUAGAUCGAACUAUUUUUUUUUUUUUGUAAUAAUUAAAUUGGUGAAGGUUAGUAGUCAUCUUGCUUUCAUUUC